UAUCCCCGACGCUCUAGCCACCAGACGCCGCAGCGCCGCCACUCCACGAGCCAGCGGCAACCAUGGCGGUCGGCAAGAACAAGAGGAUAUCCAAGGGGAGGAAGGGUUCUAAGAAGAAGGCCGUCGACCCGUUCACCAAGAAGCAGUGGUACGACAUCAAGGCGCCGCUGAUUUUCAGCCAGCGCAACAUUGGGAAGACUCUCGUGUCCAGGACACAGGGUACCAAGAUUGCCUCUGAGGGUCUCAAGCACAGGGUUUUUGAAGUGUCCCUAGCUGAUCUUAACAACGAUGAGGACCAGGCUUACAGGAAGAUCAGACUCCGUGCUGAGGAUGUCCAGGGGAUGAAUGUCCUUACAAACUUCUGGGGCAUGGACUUCACCACUGACAAGCUCAGGUCUCUUGUGAGGAAAUGGCAGUCUCUGAUUGAGGCUCAUGUGGACGUGAAGACUACUGACAACUACAUGCUCCGCAUGUUCUGCAUUGGCUUCACCAAGAGACGCCCCAACCAGGUGAAGCGUACCUGCUACGCCCAAGCCAGCCAGAUCAGACAGAUCCGCCGCAAGAUGGUUGAGAUCAUGGUGAACCAGGCUGCCAGCUGUGACCUCAAGGAGCUGGUGCAGAAGUUCAUACCUGAGGUGAUCGGAAAGGAGAUCGAGAAGCAGACAGCGGGCAUCUUCCCGCUCCAGAACGUGUAUGUCCGCAAGGUGAAGAUCUUGAAGGCACCCAAGUUCGACCUGGGGAAGCUCAUGGAGGUUCAUGGUGACUACAAGGAGGAUGUUGGCAUGAAGGUUGACAGGCCUGCCGAGGGAGACGAGGUUGUCCCCGGUGCUGAGGAGGUUGCUGCUGAGUAGAGAGAGUAGUCCCCAUCGCCUGUUUUGCUGCUUAAUAUUUAGAACAUGAUAUAUGAUGUACCACCACCUGUAGGUGGAUGUCGUGAACUUCCCUAGUCAGUUUUGAUGGCUGAUAUUUCUUGAGUUCUCUGUCGACAUUCCUAGCCAGCUAUUCUGCCUUGUUUUGUUUGUGAUUUUUCUGGAUGGAGGUUAUGAUGGUUCAAACUAAAUGUUUAGUAUUUUCUGUUCA